AUGCCACAUGCCACCCGCACGCUGCCGCCAGCCCGGGCGGGGACCGGACGCGGCCGGGGCUACGGGGAGGAGCCGGGCGCGUGGGAGGGCAGGGGCGCGCGGAGGCGGGGAGCUGGGCGCGCGGGACCCAGGGACGCCGAGGCUGGCUGGCUCAGGGAGGGACUGGGAGUGACAGAGCGACGGACAGGUGGGAGCAGUCAGACAACUGGAGACGCGGAGACCGGCAGGCAGAGAGAGGGAGGGAGAGGCAGAGGAAGCAGACGGAGGAGGGAGAGAGUAGCAGCCGCGCGCGCCCUCCCUGCAGACACCCUCCUCUGUCCGAGGGAAGCAGCCGGGGGCACGGAGUGGCAGAACGAGAGAGAUGCGGGUGCAGAAGACCAGCGGAGGGUCCCUGCCUCACUAGUGGGACCAAGAGUCGCGGAGGGACCGCCGCGAGGGGCAGCUCGGAGAGCGGAUCGCGAGACGGCAGGAAGCCCGUGGCGGCUGCCGGACCGAGGGACAGACGGCCAGACAGACAGACGUGCCCGGGGACGGACUGGCAGCCAGGAGGCGGGAGCUCGCUCCCUCUCCGCAGCCAGGGGCCGAGAAGGCGGCGGCAGCGCCCCCCGAGCGCAUCUGAGCAGCGGGGAGCCGCAGGGACCUCGGGGUCACCGGCCGAAGCCGCUGCUGUGGCCGCAGCCCUGGGUGCCACAGCCCUGCCAGGAGCCCCGCCGACGCCGCAGAAGGCUCCUUUUAUUAGCAGUUAAAUAA